GCGGGCUUUCGCGUCUAGGCUUCUUGGCCUAAAGUGAUUGGCUCCGAGGAAGUCGCUCCCAUUGGCUAGUGACGGAAAACAUGUAAACGAACGGUGAUGCGAUUGGACGACAGCUGCGCGUGCGGAGUGUAACGGAAAUCCUAAAAAAGUUAAACGGAAAUGGUUAAGGCGAAUUAAAUCGUUAGAGGGUGAUUUUGUUGUUGUUGCCAAUAUUUAAUUUUAACUCAAGUUAAAUCUAGUUUUAUCCUUAAAGACCGUGCGCGUUCACUGACGAAUAAUCGGUGGCUGUGAAUUUCCGACGACGAAGAAACUUUAGCUUUGAAACUGCCUACCGGAAAUGUGUCAAUAUUCGUCCGUCACAACAACUGGAACUGACAAAAGACCGCUCAAGUCUUUUAAUUUUCGUCCAAACGUCGUUUAGAUCCGGCGGAGUCCCGUCGGAAGCACACAUUUCACCCCAAAUCCGCAGUUUGACCGCUGUGCACUCGAUGUGGUUCAAGUUUGAGAUGUUUGUGACUCCUCCCCCGCAUUCCAGGUCGUCUGGUCGCUGAGGAAGAGGAGGAGAGAGUAGAACGAGAGAAGGAAGACGAGAGCAAAGCAGCUGGCAAGUGGAUGUCGAGGUGAAGAAGAGAUGAUAAACAAACACUCGGACCUUCUUGCUUGAUUAAGUCGCAGACGCGGUCCUGGCCGUCGCGUCCACUUGCUUCCAAACAACAACAACAACAACAACCACCACCAAAGUUGCUGAGAAGUUUUCGGAGGAGGCCACCGGGACGCCAUCAUGGAGAUCCUGGACUCGGGUGAAGGCUUCCUUCACUGGGACCGCAACCUCAGCGAGCUGUCCGAUGCCGGAGACGUGGACUGCGCCCUCUACACCAACCACUUUUCGGAGCUCCUGGACGACCUCUCGCACGACGCCCUGCUGGGCCAGCUCCUGAGCGACCCCUUCCUGUCGGGGGUGCGGGGCGGCCUGGAGGGCGACGACGAGGGAGGGGAAGAGGGAGGCGACCCGCGCGCGUCGUCGUCCUCGCCGCCGCCGCACAUCGCCGCCGAGCACAGCUACUCGCUGUGCGGGGACAGCAGGCCGCAGUCGCCGCUUUCGCACCUGACCGGGGAGCGCGGCAGCGACGCAGAAUCCGAAGGCGACUCGUCCGAGUGGCCCAUGGAGCAGGACGAGGCCAUGGAGGGUCUCCUGUGCGACGCCCCGUCCCUCCUGCCCGCCCUCGCGCUGGCCUCCGCCGAGGGGCCCCGAGCCCCCGAGGACCCCUUCGCCGCCGGCCCGGCUCAGAUCCCCGUCGGCGGCCGCAACCAGGACAAGAACGUCAAGGUCAAGGAGGAGAAGGUCUUCCCUCAGAUUAAACUGGAGCCUCACGAAGUGGAUCAGUUUCUCAAUCUGUCCCCCAAAGGUCUGGAGGCUCUGCAGAUGCCCCCCACGCCGCCCAGCUCGCACGGCAGCGACUCGGAGGGCAGCCAGAGCCCCGUGCGCGCCCCCCCGGGACUGUCCCGCCCCACCUCGCCCUCCGGCCCCGCUGCCGGUCCUGGUCUGAAGGCGCCCUCCUCCUCGUCUUCGCUGUCCAACUCGCCUUUGCUCACCGCCCCCCAUAAACUUCAGGGCUCGGGACCGCUGAUGCUGACGGAGGAAGAGCGCCGCACGCUGGUGGCCGAAGGGUACCCGGUUCCCACCAAGCUGCCGCUCACCAAGGCCGAGGAGAAGGCGCUCAAGAAGAUCCGCAGGAAGAUCAAGAACAAGAUUUCUGCUCAGGAGAGUCGCAGAAAAAAGAAAGAGUACAUGGACACGUUGGAGAAGAAGGUGGAGACAUGCUCCAAUGAAAACAACGACCUCCGCCGGAAAGUGGACACACUGGAGUGCACCAACAAGUCCCUGCUGCAGCAGCUGCAGGCCCUGCAGGCCUUGCUGUCCGGCAAAGUGUCCAAGUCGUGCCGGGUGGCGGGCACGCAGACCUCAUCCUGCCUAAUGGUGCUGGUGUUGUGCUUCGCUCUCUUUUUGGGAAGUUUCUACCCGGCCAGCCUGACCUCCGUCACCGGCGCGGCCGACGGCGGCCCCGCCUCCGAGCGGCCGGCGGUCAAAGAGUCGUACGCCGCCGCAGUCAAGUCCAGAAGUCUGCUGUCAACCUUUGAGGAGGAGCCGCCGCACCCGCUGGGCCUGGGCGGCGACUACCCCGACCAGUGGGAGGACACAGCCGCCGCCGUCGUCAUGGCGGCGUGGCGGCGUUCGGGCGAGCAGCCGACAACGUCGGCGGUCGCGGACGAGACCCGACCGGCGGAGACGGUCCCGCCGUUCAGGAGUAGAAGCAACAAAACCGGCGCGUCGGACAACAUGCGCAGGCCUCUGGAGCAGAGGGCCAAAAGCAUCGCGUUGGAGCGAAGCGUCAACAAGACCUCCUGAGGUUCUCCCCCAAACCAACACCCUCCGGAAACUUCCAAACCAGCUCGGUUCCCUCUGCUGAGUUGGCCCAUUCCACAAAACUCAUGUUAGAAGUAAAUCUGCACUGAAUACUUGAGUGAGAGUUGUUUUACUUCAUCAUCAUCAUCUUUCCCUCCCGUGACGAAUAACGUGGACAAAAAGAGAAGAGGACGUCAGCUAUAAUAUAUUUUGAGAUUUUCCUCCAAAGAUGAUUGCUCUUGUGUUUUUGAUGUUUUUAUUCCAUUCCAGUUCCGUACAUGUACGUCCUUUUUGAUACGUGUCCCCCCCACCCCCACCCCCAUUUUUUUUGGUUCCUCUUUUAUAUAUAUUGUUUCCAAACGUGCCUCAUCGCAGUUCCUGCACUGAUGUGACAAAGAAUAUUUGUACAUGUUGACAAAGAAACUCAGAAAAGGGAUGCAGGAUGUCUUUGGUCAGCGUUUCGUCAGUUUUGGGAGUUGAAGACGGGAAAACCGAUGGCUGAUACGGUUAAAUUAUUAGCCCGAAAAGAAUUUGGUAUGCUGCGUUCGGUUUCAGAUGACGACAAGGCGGUUGUUUCUUCUUCUUCUUCUUCUUCUUGAAAGAGAAACAAGAAAGUAGGUGUAAAACCUCCGUGUCGUCCUUCAAAAACUCUUUUUCAUGAGUGCUUUAUUUUCUUGUUGUUGCCUGGAAUGCUUUCUUUCACACAGAAUUUUUCACCAUUUGCCAAACCAAAAAAAAACUAUUUUAAUUCAUAUCUGUUUUUGUAAAUAAGACUUGUUGAUAAGUGACAAAAGCCGCGCCCUCCCCUAAAAGAAGAAACCCAACGCGUCGUGACUGAAACGAGCAACCGGCGGAGAACGGAGUCCCUCGUGUUUAUUUCCUGUUUGUUUGUUUGUUUUUUUUGCUUGCAUAAUAAAGUAUUUUCCUUAGUAAAAGCAUCAUUCUGUGUCUUGUGAGGCUGCUUUUUCUGUAUCCUGAAAUAUUUUGUAGGGUGUCGGACCACAUAAAACAUUUCAUACUGUCAAAUUUUGAAAAAUGUCGCAACUUUUUUUUCCCCUUCA